AUGAGGCUCUUCAAAAAGCUACGUCGCAUGAUUGACAAAAUAUUCAAAACGAGUCACAGUAAAUCACAAGACCCACCUUCCAAUGCCACUCCAUACGAAGGAACGCGCAGUGAAAUCCAACAAGGCAGGUACAUUUUCCCCGCCGAAAGCGAGCGCCACGAAGCCACGAUCCUUGGUUUCCCAUCACGCUCCUCCCUCCCACCGGACAAAUACGACGCAGUCUGCGCCGAGCUUGCCGAACUAGCCACUGCCAUCGCCGAAUUCGAGCUCGUUCGCAUAUACGUCCGCCCCGACGACAAGACGCAUUUGGAGACCCUCCUCCAAAACACCGGCAGGGAUCUCACCAGCGUGACCAUCAUCCCAUGCCCAAUCAACCACGCCUGGGUCCGCGACACGGGCCCAGUGUACAUCCGUGACGCGACGGGCAAGUUCCCCGGUCGACGUUUCGCCAUAAACUUUCGCUUCAACGAAUGGGGCGGCAAGAAGCCUGAAGGAGAUGGGCUAUGCUGGGGCCAGAGGUGGCCACCGCUGGAUGAUAAGGCGCUUCAGGAGAACACGGAUUUUGCGCGCUGGGUCAUUGAUCACGACUUUGAUCCGGGCCCUGUGACACGGGUCGACUCCCCAAUUCGUGCUGAAGGAGGUGCGUUCGUGACGGAUGGGGAAGGGACGUUGUUGAUCACGGAGAGCAGUAUCAUCUGCGAUGUGCGCAAUCCCGGCAUGUCGAAGGCUAGGAUUGAGGGGGAGCUGAAACGGUUGCUUGGUAUACAAAAGGUCAUUUGGCUUCCUGGUCGGCGCAAUGUUGAUAUUUGUGAUGUGCAUAUGGAUGCUAGGGCGCGGUUUGUUCGACCUGGCGUCAUCGUCUACUCCAGGCCCCAUGACACGGCUGCCGAGGUUUGGAGGAAGAUAUCGGCAGAGGUUAAUGAGAUUCUUGGACGUGAACGGGACUCAAAAGGCCGGACCCUGCAGAUUUAUACCAUUGAAGAGCCGGAUCCCAAGGGUUUGGCCGGCGGCUCUAACGAAGAACUGUCGGCUAGUUAUGUGAACUUUUACUUUGUCAAUGGCGGCCUCAUAAUUCCUAAAUUCGGAGAUGAAGAAAGAGACCAGAGAGCUCUUGAACUUCUGUCGUCUCUGGUUCCGGAUCGAGUUAUUCGGCAGGUUUAUACUAACGCUAUUCCUUUGACUGGCGGUGUGAUGCACAGUGUGACACAGCAAGUCCCAUCAAUGGGGUGA